AUGUCUUUGAUUGCAGAUGGCUUCAGAGCAUUCAGAUACUCCCCACACUGCGAAACACCUGCAAACCAAACAAACACUCAACACCAGACCCUAGAUACAAACAAAAUAUCAGUCACUAUUGGAGGCUCCCACCACAUCAAUGACAAUGGCGAAAUAAAAGCAGUCGGCACUGUAUGGUAUGGUCAGAACGAUACUAGGAACCUAGCCUUCAACAUACCGGGCAACCUAGCAUCACCCGCAGCAGGAGAGCUGGCAGCGAUAUUGGAAGCCACAAGAACGGCUCCCAAACACAUUACCCUUAAACUAUCCAUCAAAUCAUUAGAUAUUAUCAAAUUACUAACCAAACACGCACCAAGAUUGGAAAGACUAGGCUGGAUCCAAAUGCCGGAUGCCAAACUGUCCCAAGCAGUCCUAGCAGAACUCAGAGAACGAAGCGCAGCGACAAUCCUCUGGGCCUGGGGAGGUGACGCACAAAAAUGCAACACUGACGGAACAGAAGACCUAAUAAAACUAAGAUCCACACAACCAAAGACAUACAACUUCCCUACUGAAGUUAGGAAAGAAUUUGACGCUGCCGGCUUGCUGAUGAUGGAAGGCUCACAACACCUAUUCUACAGAGGGAUCCAUGAGCUCAAACAAGAACACAAACAAAGAUGA